GGACCCGGGCGGGUCACGUGACGCCCGGCCCGGAAGCGCUAGCCCCGAGACCCCCGAGUGACCGGGUCAGGGGCUGCAGUUUAUCGUGACCGUGGAGGUCGCGAGGGUCCCUGCAGUGUCGCGCUCCCCUCCUCCGCCGCCAUGGCGUGGACCAAGUACCAGCUGUUCCUGGCCGGGCUCAUGCUCGUCACCGGCUCCAUCAACACACUCUCGGCAAAGUGGGCAGACAACUUCGUGGCCCAGGGCUGCGGCGGAAGCAAGGAGCACAGCUUCCAGCAUCCCUUCCUCCAGGCCGUGGGCAUGUUCCUGGGGGAGUUCUCCUGCCUGGCUGCCUUCUACCUACUCCGGUGCAGAGCUGCAAGGCACCCGGACGCCAGCGUAGAUCUCCAGCAGCCCUUCAACCCCCUUCUUUUCCUGCCUCCGGCCCUCUGCGACAUGACCGGGACCAGCAUCAUGUAUGUGGCCCUGAACAUGACCAGCGCCUCCAGUUUCCAGAUGCUGCGCGGAGCGGUGAUCAUAUUCACGGGCCUGUUCUCAGUGGCCUUCCUGGGGCGGAGGCUGGUGCUGAGCCAGUGGCUGGGCAUCCUCACGACCAUCGCGGGGCUGGUGGUGGUGGGCCUGGCCGACCUCCUGAGCAAGCAUGACGACCAGCACAAGCUCAGCGAAGUGAUCACAGGGGACCUGCUGAUCAUCAUGGCCCAGGUCAUCGUCGCCAUCCAGAUGGUGCUGGAGGAGAAGUUCGUCUACAAGCACAACGUGCACCCCCUGCGGGCCGUCGGCACUGAGGGCCUCUUCGGCUUCGUGAUCCUGUCCCUGCUGCUGGUGCCCAUGUACUACAUCCCCGCCGGCUCCUUCAGCGGGAACCCUCGAGGGACCCUGGAGGAUGCGCUGGACGCCUUCUGCCAAGUGGGCCGGCAGCCGCUCAUCGCCCUGGCGCUGCUGGGCAACAUCAGCAGCAUCACCUUCUUCAACUUUGCGGGUAUCAGCGUCACCAAGGAGCUGAGUGCCACCACCCGCAUGGUGCUGGACAGCCUGCGGACCGUCGUCAUCUGGGCUCUCAGCCUGGCCCUGGGCUGGGAGGCCUUCCACGCGCUGCAGAUCCUCGGCUUCCUCAUCCUCCUGAUGGGCACGGCCCUCUACAACGGACUGCACCGCCCGCUGCUGGCCCGCCUGGCCCGAGGCCAGCCUCCAGCAGACGAGGGCGAGCGAGAGAGACUGCUGGAUGCCUCGCGGACUGCCAUCAACGACACCAGCUGAGCCUCCUGCGGGGCCUCUGCUGCCACCUGGAUGGACCUCGCUCACCCUGAGGCUGAGGCACACGGGCUAGUGAGCCUCAAGGUCCCCGUCCCCGAGGUCUCGCCCUGCCCCUCCCCACAGACCCCCAGGACAGCUGCCGCCUCAGAAUAUGAUGGACACCCAAGUCCUCCUGUGUCAGCACCUCCUGCUGAAAGGCGUUACCCAGCCCCCACGGGCCUGAGUGCAGUGACCGACCCCACCAAGCUCCCCCCAGGCCCUCAGGCCCCCAGGCCCCUGUGGCAGCACUAGAGCAAAAUCGCAAAGUGGAAUUGCAGGAACUAAUAACCCCAGGAAUUUCUAAAUCAAGCCAAAAUUAAUUCUCCAAAAAAGGGAGGUCAGCGAGCAAAUUCAAAGCAGAACUAAGUCCCAUAUUUUUUUAAAAAACUUGUAAGGUAUCCCCUAACCCUGCCUGGAGCCCUGGGUUUCUCGGGCUCGGUGUGCUCCCCAGCCCACAGCCUCGUUGCUCGGGGCCUCGGGGCCCUGCUCUGAAAAGCGGAUGGUGCUGACACUGUGGCCUGGGCACCUUCCAGCCCAGCUGGGCCCAUUCUGCGGGCCUGUUUUUACCAACCUGGGAAGGGAGUGGCGGCUCCUCUCUGCCCACAGCGCCUCCUCUCCAGGCUUGUUUUGGUGUCGGGUGACCUUGCUCGCACCCCUCAGGGCCUCCCUUCCUGGAGGAGAUCACAGGGGAAUUCCAGGCAGCCCUCGAUGGCAGCUUUUAGGAACUCUGCACCUCCUGUUUUAAAGGUGAGGAAACUGAAGCCCAGAAUUAUAAGUUGUUUGGCAAGAGGGGUGUCCUGCACUGGGCUCCGGCCAUGUAGCCACGUGAUCCUGCCACGGGCUGGGACCUAGAGCACAGCUGGUUCUCAGCCCCACCCGCAGCCCCCUGACCCCGCAGAGCACCCUCCAGGGGGGUGGGUUGCCCAGGAUUCCACCAUUCGGAGUAAUUCUGGUAGCCCAGGCAUUAUACGAAGUGCUUGGCUUUCAUUCUGUUGCGUAACUGCCUGCACAGGUGGGUGCAGAUGAGGAAACUGCAGCCCAAAGAAGGUUAAAUGAUUUCCUUGUGGAGCAGGCAUUCAAGAAGGGUUUGCCUGAUUCCCAGUCUGUAGCCCUACCUACUGGUACUGGUCUCACUCUGGGUCUUUGGGGGAAUUUCCUGUGGGUGGGAUAGAAACGUCACAAGCUGGUGUCCUCCCAGUAACUCCCCUCCCCCACAAGAGAGGGCCCUGGCACCAGGGACCCCAAGGAGCUGAGUGGCCCUCCUCAUUUUGUGGCAAUUUCUGGAGCCUCAGGCCGUUUUUCUGGGCGGCUCAAUCAUAAAACACCAAAUGCCUUCCUUAGAAUAGGUUCUGGGGGAAGGAAUCUCUGACAAGAAAACCCUCAGGCUGCAUGGGAAUCCAACAGGUUAUUAAGGUUCUUUGGGAGAAGAAGGUCUUUUCAUCCCAGCAGCUCUGGGCCCCAGGGGCCCCCAAGUGUCCCUAGGCCAAGGUAUGUGUCCCAGGCAGGAGGACAUGGCAGGGACGACAGCCGCCUUGUCCAAAAAAACUACCUUAGGAUGUUGUUUUUAGGCUUUAUGUUAAAAGGGGGAAGUUGGCAGUACGGACUUUUCUUUAAUGAGGAAAGGAGUGCCAGGGCUGGGACCGCCCUGGGCAUCGCCUCUAGAAUGUUACUGGAAAAGCGCUGACGUACCAGAGCACAGAAGUCACCCAGCCCCUCAUACAUUAUUCAGAUGAAGAAACGAUCGCCCAGGGAGAGGAAAGAACUUCCCAAGGUCACACCGCCAGAGACGGCAAAGCCGCAUGCCCGGUUCAGCCCUCGCCCAUCCCUCCCUGCCGCAGGGAGCGUGGCCAGGGGGAGCCUGUACGGGAAACCGGGGCUGCCCUCUCUCUGCAGGGGGUGCCCAGCCUGUGCCUCAGCCGAGCACGCCGCUCAGGGGGUGUUCGGGGAGCACUGCGCCUGUAUCCGAGUGCCACCAUGGGGGACUGUGUGGAUUUCAGCGUUGAAGGGUUGGGGGGAUUUAUCAUGGGACUGGAGGGGUGGCAGGGCGUGGGGAGGGGGACCACCUCAUCAGGCCGGCCACCAGCUCCGGCAGAUCGCUUUACCUCCUGGAGUUUUGGGUCUGCACGUGUCGGAAGUGGAGAAGCCGGCCUCCCUCCGGCAGGGUGAGCAUGAAAAUUAUCCAAGAUUAAUAAACUGCAGAGGCUUGUAAAGGCCAAUGCA